GUCAGACUCGCCCACACAGGCCCACUCACAGCCAGACAAGCUCCGUAGCCAUUUUGGCUCAAGCAUUGAACUUUGGUUCGAGCACGAGCAUUCUGAUCCCGCGUAGUAGUUGCUCACUCUUCACCACGUGCCAUGGCCAUGCGACAUAAUGCCAGAUUUGUGGAGAAGGCGCAGCCGCUGACGAGUCGGUAUCUUGAAAUCUUGGAGGCGGAGCACGUGCGUGAGAUGGCCGAGAUGUACCAGGAACAGCUUCUGCUGCAGCAGGAACUGGCGCGGGUGGUGGAGCUGAUGGAAACGGAGAUGAUCCCUCGAGAGAGGAUGCUGCACGACGUCUUCGAGAAGGCCACCACCGCCUACGUGUGGGCGACGCAGGACCUCGGCCAGGCGGUGAACUCCAUGUCCGAGAGCGUGGCCGGGGUGUCCGGGUCGCGCGACUCCAGGCGGAGGGAGCUGUAUGACCCCCUGAGGGACACGGAGGUCGAGCUGCGACGCAUCAAGAGCCUCCUGCAGCAGCAGCCCGUGCGCGCCCCGCCCUGCCUGCCGCCCGCCGUCGCGAGGGAGCGGCGGCGGAGCGCCGCCGCGCAGGCGGCGGACCUGGCGGCGUGGCCCGCGCGGACCCGCGGCCCGAGCCCGGGCUCCCCGCACGACCGCGGCGCCGGCGCCUCCAGCCCGAGCCUCGACGAGCGCCGCCCGGGCGCCUGCAGCGCCGGCACCUCCAGCCCGAGCCUCCUCGACGAGCGCAGCCCGGGCGCCGGCGGCACGCCGCCCGCGGCGAGAGGGCCCCCGCGGAGGCCCGGCACCAUCGUGAGGUCGGGCGACAGCCCGCAGGAGGGCCUCUCCGACGAGGUGGGCGACACCCGCGGCGGUGCCACCGACGGGCAGCAGUGGGCCCGGGCCCGGCGGGGCCUGGCCGGGGGGGGCCUGUGAGCCGCCUGCUCGCUCCUCCCCCUCUCCUCCUUCCCCCUCCUCCUCUUCCUGGUCCUCCUCCUCCUCCUCCUCCUCCUCCUCCUCUUCCUUGUCCGUUCGCUCGGUCUGCCCAACAGGUUUCACCGCCGUUCGCGACGCCUCCGGCGACGGACCGCGCGCCAGGCUCAGAUGUUUUUUUUGUUUUUGUUUUUUUCCGUCUCACCCUGCGGCGAAGUUGCAUAUUGGACGGCUCGUUCUCGUCCGCGGACCGCUGCAGCACAGCUGGUGGCCACCGCCAGCGCCGCCGGGAGCGGGGAGGCCCCCCCAGGGGUCGCGAGGGGAGGCCCAGCUCGCGAGCAGCCGCCCGCCGCGGGCGCACAGCCGCCGCCCCCCCCGCCCUCCCCCGGAAAACUGGGCUCUGCAAA